AUGCGAACUAUCAAAGAUGCAUGGUUGCCUCAUGGCCUGGCUUCCAUCUUUCUCAAGUUAUUGACCAAGGGCAGUAUGAAUCAUCAGCCAUCUGACUUGGUGCCAUGCCAAACUUAUGUACUUCAACAGAAAGCAAUACCUUCAAAUGUGGUCUACCGUGAUAUGUACGAUGAUGCCAUGACCGCCAUACACUCAUACCUCAUCCAAGAGAGCAAAAACGCCAAAAUGACACACAUGUCUGAACUCAUCCCCAAACAUCACAAGGAUGGUGAAAUAUCAUGGCGACUGACACCAAAACAAGACCACCUGGUCUGCUUCCUUGGGGGUUCGCUCAUGCUUGGGGCAACCCACACAGGGACAGUCACUCAACAGCCCGUCUCAAUACCCCCUCGACUGGAAGAGCUUGUGGAAAAUGGACAAAGAGAUUGGAAGACAGGAGUUGAGCUCAUCAAGACGUGCAUGAAUACCCAUGAUACUGCUAGUGGGUUGUCGCCUGAGAUUGUAUACUUUAGAGUGCCAAGUGAUGGGAUGGAUGGAUACAAUAUUGCCCCCUCUGAUUGGUAUAUCCAUGGUGCUCAGAAAGGUGAAUUCCCACCAUACGACACAUGCUUAGUGAUUGUCAUGGGUUUAGCAACCCAUGCGGGUUACGGGUAA